AUGGCUAAUUCCUUCUCAACACUCUUUCCCUCCUUUUUCGUCGUCACCUUCAUCAUCACCACCUUCUUCUUAUUCUCCACCACUGCCGAAACGCACCGUUUUGUGCGAACCAUUUCCCCAACAACGCUGGGUCUCGACAGCCAGGAGAAGCUAACGCACCUUCACUUCUUCUUCCACGACGUCGUCAGGGGACGCAACCAAACCGCUGUGCGCGUCGCGGCGGCGCCGGCCACGGAUAAAUCACCGACGCAGUUCGGCGCGGUGGUGAUGAUGGACGACCCGUUAACGGAGAGCGCGGAACCGGGUUCGAAGGUGGUGGGAAGAGCACAGGGAAUGUACGCUUCGGCUUCGCAAACGGAGUUGGGGUUUCUGAUGGUAAUGAAUUUGGCGUUCACCGAGGGGAAGUUUAAUGGGAGUAGCCUCACCGUGUUGGGGCGGAACACGGUGAUAUCUGCCGUGAGAGAGAUGCCGGUGGUGGGUGGCAGUGGGAUUUUCCGGUUCGCACGUGGGUAUGCUCAGGCAAAGACUCGUUCUAUUGAUGUGUCCGAAGCUAUUGUGGAGUAUAACGUGUAUGUGUUCCAUUACUGA